CGUCACCUUAUGUGUAACCGCCAAAAUUACGGACAGAAACGCCAUCUUGUGCAAAGAUGUUGACAUUUUGCUAAAUUGGAAAUAUUAUAUUAUAUGAUCGUUAUUUACUCGAGUCCCACGACUCGAUUUGUGUAUUCAUAAGUUUUUAUAGACAUGCUAACUUUGUUUAUUAAUUGACGCAUCGUGCGUAUUUUUCAUUACAAGAAGUAUACGUAAUACGGAUUAAAAAUGUUUUACGCACAUUUCGUGUUGGCCAAAAAGGGGCCGUUGGCCCGUAUUUGGUUAGCCGCUCAUUGGGAUAAAAAGUUGACGAAGGCCCACGUAUUCGAAACUAAUAUCGAGAAAUCUGUAGACGGUAUAUUACAGCCAAAGGUAAAAAUGGCUUUAAGAACCUCUGGACACUUAUUGUUGGGUGUAGUGCGUAUAUAUUCACGGAAGGCUAAAUAUCUUUUGGCUGAUUGUAAUGAAGCCUUUGUGAAAAUAAAAAUGGCUUUUAGGCCAGGUAUGGUAGAUUUACCAGAAGAACACAGGGAAGCUGCUGUAACAGCUAUAACAUUACCCGAAGUGUUUCACGACUUUGAUACCGCGAUGCCUGAAUUGAAUUCAAUGCAACUCUUCUAUUUCAGAGAUGUUGAUAUAGAAGCACAAUUUAGUUUAAACCAGUCUCGAGCAGAGGAAAUAACAAUGAGAGAAGAUUAUGGUAGUCUAGCUUUAGUUAGUCAUGAUCAAGGAUUUGGUGAUAUGAGUUUUGAUGCAGAACCACCAGAGUUACUAAGACAUGCUGGCUCUGUAGAACCAUCUUUAGAUCAGACUCAUAUGUUGUUCACCGAUGGACCAGGAAUAGAAGCAGCUCUAGAACAAAAGGAGAAAGAGCCGGUUCCAGGUCCGUCAGUAACACCGCAAGCUAUGGAUAUAGACAUGCCAAUUAGAGACGACGGUUUUGGUGGACAUCUUGGUCAAGAUAUCAUAUCUGGUGGCUUAUUUGAGGGUGGUUUAUUUGAUGAAGCGCCAAUGGGUGAAGUACCUGUACCUGAAGUUAGCGGAGUAGCGGAACCACAAGAACCAGGCACAAUUCCUGGAGUCGCAGCUUCUGUACAUGACGAAUCUGAGGAAGAAAUGGGGGAUCGCUUUGGAGGGCCACCAUCUCCUAUGGGAGGAAUGAGUUCUGACGACUCCAGACCCGCUUCUCCUGCCGUAGCUGGAGAAGAAAUUGAAGGGAGAAUAAGUGUAGCCAGUCGUCGUUUUACUCCUGCUCCGCCAAUGAUUCCUGAAGAACGCCCAAUGGAAGCUAUUGAAGAAGCACCACCUCUACAGGACCAAACUACGUUAUUACACGACGAAGAAGAGAGUUUCGCUCUUGCGCCAGUUGAUACAUCUGCUUUAAAAGGAUUCACAAAAGCAAAACGUAAGCGCAAGCUCAUUGUCGACGAAGUAAAAAAUAUUUCUGGUGAAGAAAUGAAAGCACAAUUAUCAGAUACCAGUGACAUUAUAACCACAUUGGAUUUGGCACCUCCCACAAAGAGGCUAAUGCACUGGAAAGAAACUGGUGGAGUUGAGAAAUUAUUUGCUUUGCCAGGAAGGCCAAUUCCAGCACGCGUAUUAUUUAAGAAUUAUCAACGACAUCUAACAAGUAAAUCCUACGAUCACGAAGACUUUGGACGUUUAGUGGGCGAAGAAGAAGGUAUGCCUUUGGAACAAAUGAGAGACGCAGCGGAACAAGAAUCAUUCGAGCAAAGUAUUCUAAAUAAGCGUAUGGCUCGAAAACGAAAGCUACCAUUAGAGGAAGAGAUAAAGCCACCACCUCCAGCACCAGCACCUCCUCCAAUGGACAUCUCUGUUGAAGCUGUAGAAGUUCCAAAUAUAGUUCCACAAGCAAGCCUUCCUCUUGCAGAAUCACCAGUACCGCCCGAAGUAUCUCUACCAGCAGAAUCGUCAGUAUCUGAGAUCAGCGGUAUUGUACCUCCUGUCGAAGAAGUGGACAUGCUUCCUCCAGCUCCUGAAACACCUCUAAUUUUCCCACAAAUGUCUGAAAUUCCUCCAACCGAAUCCCUUGUUGCACCUGAAGAAUUAGCUGUUCCACCUACCCCAGCGGAACCAGAAGUCAGUGCCGCUCCAUCUGCUGAAAUGCCUCAAAUGGAAAAUAUGGGUUAUGAUCAGGCGCAGCCUCAAGUACCGUACCUAGGAUACGAUGAACAUCCAGCACCACCUCAUACACCUGCUAUAUCCGAAAGAGGACCUGCGACUCCGUGGAAUCACGAAGAUUAUGAAUUCCCUCCGUCUGUAGGACCUCAAGAAGAACAACAAGUGGAUGAAACUUACGAACAGUUCGAGGAACGAGUUCUUAACAAAAGAGCAGCGCACAUGUAUCACGUUAUUAAGAGCAAACUGGAUACCAAAGAUAGAUUGACAUUAACGGAAAUGGCAUACAAGAAUAAUCGCAAGCAGGUUGCACAAAAAUUCUAUACGUUACUAGUUCUUAAAAAGUUUCAAGUAUUAGAACUCCAUCAAGAAAUUCCAUACGCUGAUAUCGUAGUCACCAAAGGACCAAAAUUCGAGAAUCCUGCGUUAUAAAAGUAUUAGGUAUUUCUUGCCUUACGUUUACUACUAAAAAUGAUCAAAAAAGAAAGAGAAGGAUUGUAGUUAUUUUGAACCGUACAGAGAAGGUACGAUUUAUCUAAAUUCUUUUGAUAGAUAAAUUGUAAAAUAAUAUAUGAAACUAUUAACAGAAACUUGGGGUAUCUAAUAAGAUAAAACGAUUUUGUAAAUCAUGUUUUUAACACGUGAUUCAGGAAUGUAUACGUUUUGUAUAAAUCACGGCAGAAUUAUUUUGGACCUUCUGCAUUUUUCAUCGCGCUAAAAGAUUCGAUUACAUAUACAAAAAAUUUGCUAUAGAAAGGUGCAUAAUUUUUUACUUCGACAAGAAAUACUCGAUUGUCUUCAGUAAAUUUAUUAUCGAUCCGAACAGGGUUUGUAUAUAAUAUUGAUACGUAGUAAAACCAUAUUUUAUAUCUUACUAUUUACAAAUAACUUCUUCAGUACAUACUGCAGGAUGGUCCAAAAUUACUGGUACACUUAUAAGAUAAUUUAUGAAAUUUAAUGAGACAAAAUUCUGUUAAAAAUUUCAUAAAAUGAGAUUAUGUAUAGUCGAAGUCCAUGUAUUUCAUUUAAAAAUUUCAAACAAUUAAACGCGUAAUACAAUUUUUUUAUUAGCGUACUUACACAUUAAUGACUACUGUAAACAAUUAUUAAUGGAAGAAUCAAGAGAAUAUUUUAUGGAUAAUACUUUUAUGUAUUGCAGUCAUACUUUAGGAGUAUCAGUCUGAUUAAGUUAUUUUUCAGAUUUAUAUAAAUAUUAUAUAUUUUUUUCUGCGCACCUGACACGAUCUAUACAUAUAAUUACUUUUUUCAUAUGAAUUACUGAAAAUUUAUGAACCACUGUAAUCUAUACUUACAUUUUGUAUAACAUUCCAAAGAACAUUGUUUUGAUUUAAUAAUUUUGUUUUUAUUAUUUUAAUAUUUUUCAUAUAAUUUCCUUAUCAUACUUAAAAACAAAAGUCUAUUAAUCAUGUAAAAAGAUCAAAUUGUUUAACCAUACUAUUUUCUGAUAGAAAAUAGUAUUGCGGUUAGUAAUUUAAUUAGUCCGACCAUGAGAAAUGUUCAAUAAUUUAUUGUUAUGUAUGUAUGCCUAUCUCAUGGGAUACAGGAAUGUUGAAUCGUAUUAUAAAAAAAGGUACUAUAUUUUAUCAAAUUGACAUGUCAUAAAUUUCUCAAGAGCAAUCAUAUUACAUUGUAAAUAUACAUGCACAGUAAACACAUAUACCAUCAUGCACGAAUGCCUACCUAAAGGCAUAUCAUAAAAAGAAAAUGUCGACUGCUAUAACAUAUUCGAAAUGCCUGAUUGUAAAUAGUCUCAUGACUCAUUAAUCAAUAUACAUCUGUUUAUAAAAUAAAAAAAAAGAUUUACGAAAUAUUCUUUUUAAAAUUUGAACCCUAAAGUACAUAUCACAUAAUACUUAAAAAUGUUAAUCCAUUAUUUUCCAUUAAUAAACUGUUACAUUCACUAUAUCAAAAUUUAUCAAGUUAAUUCAACGAGUUUUCAUACUUUUUUAAAUUAUUGUCACAAUGUGUAUGACAUGCAUGUGUUUAUGCGUUAAAUAUUUUUCCUAAGACAGACAUAUUAUCCAUUGCGUUUAAUAUAUUUGUUUUUUAGUAUCACGUGUUAGAAUUAUUUAAUUUAUGAUUAAUUUUUACUUAUUAAUAUAUAUAUAUUUUUGGAGAACUUAGUUGUAUUAUAUUAUAUAAGAUGAUUAAAUUUACGUAAUUCAAUACUACUACCAAAUUAAUAUCAGGUUAUUAUAUUAAUAUCUGCAUUCUUAAUGAAAUGUAGUUUUUUGAAGUUAUGUAUAGCGUAUAUCUGAAAACUACAAUUUAAAAACACAUGUUUGAUAUUUUUAACAUUUUGCUUUUUCACAAAACUCCUUCGAAACCUUCAAUGAACAUUAAAAACUAAUGUGAUAAUUUUGCAAAACUGUUAAUAAAUUAUUUAAAAAAUAUAUUGACAUACCCUUGUAUUGUUCCUGGGGACAUAAAACAUUGGUUAAAAACUAUUAUAUGUAAGAGCUUUUAUUUUGUUUGUUACCAGUAGAUUCAUUUUUAAGACGAAGCAUAAAAUGUAAUACAAAUGUAAUAUACUAACAUUAAUGAGUGAA